GCCAUGCCUACUUACUCCUUCUACGAAACCCAGCUAGCCGUUCUUGCUGCUUUUUGUAUACUAGCAGUCCUUUUUGAACGCCGUCAAGCAGCCAAAAAGAACGAAAAACCAGGCGGUCAUGCCAAGUCUCUUUCGCAAGCAGCAAACGCAGCCGAAAAUGGCACCACCAACGGAUCGUUAGGCUGGAAACGCUCCUCUUCAGCCUCCGCAUUAUCUCGGCAGUACCUCAUCGUAUAUGGCAUCGUUAUGUGCGCCGAUUGGCUCCAGGGCCCGUAUGUCUACUCCCUGUACAGGGAACAGUACGACCUUCCCGAACGCAUCGUUGCUAGCCUUUUCGUUACGGGCUUCUUGUCUGGUGGACUCACAGCACCUAUCGUAGGCGCAUGGGCAGAUCAACAUGGAAGAAGACGAAUCUGUCAAGCAUUCUGCGUGACUUACACGCUAUCGUGUGUUGCAAUCCUCUUCAACUCCUUGCCUAUACUCUACACAGGGCGUAUCCUCGGAGGCAUAUCGACGUCCAUCCUCUUUUCCGCAUUUGAGUCAUGGUUGGUCUCCUCCGCGAAUAACCAGGGAGUCGAGCAGUCUGAGCUCAGCUCAAUCUUUGGACGAGCAACACUUGUAAAUGGCUUCGUUGCAUUUUCCGCGGGAAUCGUGAGCAACAAAAUUGUUGGCACUUUCGAGACCUUCGCCGCACCCUUCAUUGCCAGCGGAAUGCUGCUUGUCCUCGGUUGGGUUGCUAUUAAGUCCCUUUGGGGCGAAAACUUCGGCAAUGGCGGUGGCAAGGAAGUCUACUCGGACCCAUUUCAACUUAAACGGCUCGGUCAAGCAUGGUCUAUCGUACGGAACGAUCCCACACUCCUCACUCUCGGCCUCACUCAAACAUGCUUCGAAGGGUCCAUGUACCUCUUCGUCUUCGCCUGGGUCCCAGCACUCCAAGAAUCCUCCCGUCCCGACGAAGUCCUUCCCCUAGGCUACAUUUUCUCCGCAUACAUGGUCUCCAUGAUGCUCGGCUCCCUCUUCUACACCGCCGCAGCAUCGCUCGCCAUUACUCCAAGUAACUCACCGAAUCUCAAAGCCAGCAGCAGCGGCAACGAUGCAUCUGAUAACAGCCUUACGCUACACGCAAAGCUGAGUUCGCUUGUGUGUACGCUUGGUGCGAUGGCCCUUGCAGUUAGUGUUACUACUGCGGAUGUGAGGUACCGGUUUUGGGCGUUUUGUUUGUUUGAGGCUUGUGUGGGGGUGUAUUAUCCUGUGCAGGGUAUGCUCCGGGGAUCGCUUAUUUCGAAUGACCACCGCGCCACGCUUUCGUCUCUCUUCCGUGUUCCGUUGAACGUAUUCGUCGUUACAGCGCUCAUGACGGGCGUCUCCUCCGCACGUCUAUACGUUUUCGCUGGAUGUGCGUUCGUUCUUGCAACCUCUGCGAUUAUGACCGGCCUUGUCGUCGUCCCGCGUACGGAAAACGUUCCGGUCACUCUACGUUCUGCGUAAUUGUCUUUCUUUUUUCAAAAAUAAUUACCCUAUUUUUUUCUUUUUCUUUCUGCCUACGUGCCCAUCCCAUAAACCUUACACUGCUCAGGUCAUUAAACAAACAUUUCAAGACCUUAGCUUUCUUUAGAGGACCUUGCUUUUUUCACAUUUUUUUAUUACUGAACAUAUGGAGACUGGACUUAAAAAAAGUAUGCUAGAUAGUUAAUCGUUGUGUGUAUAUACAGUAACUUCUUUCGCUCGUUCUUUUCUUUCUGAUAUAUAC